AUGACCCACUCCAGCACCUACCAGGCCGUCCAGUUCGACCAAGUCGGCGGCCCCGAAGUCCUCAAGCUCGUGACCAUCGAGAAGCCUGCUGUCACUCCAGGCCGUGUUUUGAUCCGCAACCACUUCAUCGGCGUCAACUUUAUCGAUACAUACCACCGCGGCGGCCUCUACAAGGUUCAGCUUCCGUAUAUCCCCGGCAGAGAAGCCUCCGGCGUGGUCGAGGCCGUUGGCGAUGGCGUCGAGGGCUUGAAGGUCGGCGAUCGUGUGGCCUACUUCGAUCCCCACACCUACGCCGAAUAUACCCUGACUUCGCCAGCCGAGGUUCUCGUCAUCCCCGACGAUAUUGGCUUCCAUGACGCAGCCGGCCUGUUGCUCCAAGGCCUGACAGCACUGAGCUUGGUGCGCAUCGCAUACGAAGUCAAGCAGGGCGACAUUGUCCUUGUUCAUGCAGCGGCUGGUGGAACUGGCAGACUCAUCGUCGCCCUUGCCAAGCAUUAUGGCGCCACCGUCAUUGGCACUGUAUCGACACCAGAGAAGGCUGAAGUUGCCCGCAAAGCUGGUGCCGACCACAUCAUUUUCUACAAGGAGCAGGACAUUGUCGCCGAGGUCAAGCGAAUCACCAACGGCGAAGGCGUCCAUGCUGUCUUUGAUGGAGUCGGAAAAACCACCUUCGACGCCUCGCUUGCCUCGCUCCGCAAUCUUGGAUUCUUCCUGUCCUUUGGCAACGCCUCGGGCAAGAUCGACGAUGUUGACAUCUUCAAGCUGGGCCCAAAGUCGAUUCGUUUGAUGAGACCGUCGCUCUUCAGCUUGAUCCCGGCCAAGGACUUCAAGAAAUACGCACCGGAACUGCUCGAGCUUUACAGACAAAAGGCCUUCGACAUCUAUGUUAGCAAGAUCUAUCCUCUCAAGGACGCUGCCCAAGCCCACACUGAUCUUGCUGGCGGAGUGACUGUCGGCAAGCUCCUGCUUCAAGCUUGA